AUGCAGAUCUACACGAUAUUGGUGACGUCUCAAAGUAGCAUCAACGCUACCCCUUCACUCCUCUUGGACUCCAACAUACAAUUUGAGGACGCGCUAGGAAGGAAAAGUCCUCUGCCUUAUCAGUGGUUUCAUCAUUGGGAGUCUUUUGAAGGUUUGCUGCGCGCAGAGUUCAAGGACGUGCCUGGUCAACUUAAAGUAAUUGAAGGAGAGUACCAUUUGAUCGAUUCUAAAAAAGACGGAACCUUGAUCAAGAAGGAUGACUGGAAAAAGCUUGUUUUUCCGGGGUCCUCAAUAACGAUGUCUAUGAUCAUUUCUCAGAUGCGAUGGCAAGGUGCUCUCUGCCCUAGGCCGAGCUGCAAACAACCCAAGAGAGAAAUACUUAGCAAGUUCGCUGUCAUAACGUGCGAACAAUGUGGGUUGAAAUAUUACCCCUGCCAAGAAUCAAUGGGCUCUGAAAACCCCGAGUUCUCUUCUCCAGAACAUGGAGAGAUCGAGGAGAUCGAGCUCUUUCGGCUAGUACACAUUAAUCAGACCGAGGACGACGUCAAGACUACGAACUUGCUCCUGCUUAAUAGCAUCCUUGCCAACGACAAGUUUGACGUUGACCAGUCCAUAUAUCAACGAAACAUCUUUGAUAGAUUCCCUAGCAUCCCACCGUAUCUGGCGCUCCGACUUGCAGAAGCUAAUGCACAACGAGCAAAGAGAUUAGCGCGUGCCCAUGACUCUGGUUCAAGGCAAGGCUUGCCCGGCCAGGUGGAACGAGAACAACAAUUUUCGGAACCCGUCGAUGUCUCUGAUAAUGCGGAGCCAGUUACAGGCGGGUCAAAGAACCAGAAACUGUCAGUCCUUGUACAGCAAGGAACCCCGGUCCAACCCCUGAACUCUAUCGUAAAUACCCCCGUGACGACGGAUCUACUAAAGAUCCCCAUGUCGGUUGGGUCUCAAUCUAAUUCGAGGCGCAUGUCCUUUGAUUGGGCGGAGAAAUUUGCAGGUCUGAUAGACGAAGAGGUUUCACUACUACCACAGCAAGGAACCCCACUUCAAGAUUCAUUUAAUAUCGCAACCCUCCUGGUCAUGAUAGAUCAAUUGGAGAGCUUCACCUUGUUUGGACCUUAA